AUGAAGAGAGAGUGUAGGAGUUCCGGAGUAGGAAAGGAAGUUCGAGAGCAAAGUCCGAAAGUGAUGCGAGUGGUGGACCAAAAAAGCGCUUUUGUCAAAAAUGUAAAGUUGGCUGGUCUCACGUUGAAGGCUCUUGUAGAUACUGGCGGUCGAGUGUCAACUAUCCAGGAGAGAUUCGCCAAGAAGGUCGGAGAAUUCAAACCCAGUCACAAGGUGUUACGUGGUUUUGGGAAAAAAGAAGUUACGGUGUCCUCGAAAGUGUGUGCUCAGCUGCAGGUCGAUGGGAUUAUUCUGCCGGUGGAACUUCAAGUAGUACCUACAUGGGUUCAGGAUACGGCGAUCAUCUUGGGAGAGGAUGUGAUUGACCAGGAUAGGCUGGUAAUGGUGAAGCGCAAAGGUGAUGUAAAAUUUGCGUGGGAGAGAGACUCGGAGUCAAAGUAUUCUGAUCCUAUAUCGCAGAAGCAGAAAUAG